AUGGAUGAUGUCGAUUUGCGACAGGAAAUCCUCCAGCGGACUCUCAAAGAGGUAGCAUAUGAGGAGAAGGAGGCCGCAAAUCCUUGUGUUAUUUGUCUUGACACCAUCUCCGAGCCGUGUGUGGCACAACCAUGCUAUCAUGCCAACUUCGAUUUCCUCUGCCUUGUCAGUUGGACCGAGCAGCAACCCAAAUGCCCUCUAUGUAAAAUAGAGUUGACAGGGGUGCAAUUCGACCUCAACGCCACGCAAGGUCCAAAGCUAUAUAAGCUCCCGCCCCCGAGUGCAGCAGUCCCGGCAGCUCCCACCGCUGCGCGAUCACGCCCUGUCAAUCGCUAUGGCCCACGAGGAGGGCGACGGCCCCCACCCCCACCGCGACCACAGCCAGACGACCCGCUCGAGCGCCGGCGCAAUGUCUAUCGCAAUCAAACAUACUCCAUGCGAGUCGGAUCAAAUCGGUUAUCUCAAUAUCGAGAAUUGACACCGGAGCUCUUCAGUCGUGACGGAGAGCUCGUCUCACGCGCUCGCAAAUGGAUUCGCCGUGAACUACGAGUCUUUUCUUUCCUGAACCCGGAAUCGGUGGAAGAAGAGCGGGCAUCUCACCAGGUCUCACGCCCUGGACCUCAACGGCUGGAGAAUCGUAGGGCGAACAAUGCCGAGUUUCUGCUGGAAUAUGUCAUCGCUAUCUUGCGCACGGUCGAUCUCAAAGGCAGUGCUGGACAGGCGGAGGAGCUGUUGCGUGAUUUCAUCGGCCGCGAGAAUGCCUGCCUCUUCCUCCACGAGUUACAGGCAUGGUUGAGAAUACUCGAAUACUCCGCGGAGGACGUCUGA